CCCACAAGGGUGUGUCCGGUGGCCACCAUUAUUUUUGGGUAUUAAAAUCUUAGACACUCAAAUACAGCGAUAUUACAUGUGUGUAGCAGAACGGCAAUUGACUGCAGCUUUUACGCGUCGCCAAGUGCAUGACCUGGCAUGUCUGCCACGGACUGGUACGCGCAUAAAUCCCUCGGAGAAGGACUAUAUUGGAUCCAGGAGAAGUUUUUCGAAUCGUCAAACAGAGCUAAUAUUUGGCUCCUCCGAGGAUCUCACCAAGACGUAGUGAUAGACACAGGCUUGGGUUUGAGGAGCUUACCUGACUACAUUAACUCCAAAGGUCUGCUUGGAGACGACCCGCAGCGAAAGAACCCCCUUUUGGCUAUCGCCACCCACGCCCACUUCGACCACUCAGGUGGUCUGCAUCAGUUCCAACAGGUCGGGGUCCACAGUGCAGAGGUCGAUGCGCUGGCUAACGGAGACAACUUCGAGACGGUCACCUGGCUGUCGGAUAGAGAGAUAGUCCAGGCUCCCUGGCCGGGAUGGAGGGCCAGGCAAUACAGAGUCAAAGCUGUACAACCAACACAUAUACUACAAGAAGGUGAUGUCAUCAACCUGGGUGACAGGCAGCUGACGGUGCUGCACAUGCCCGGCCACUCCCGGGGCAGCAUCUGCUUGCACGAUGGCGACAACAAGAUGCUGUUCAGCGGGGACGUAGUCUACGACGGAGCCAUGAUCGACUGGCUGCCCACUAGCCAGGUCAGCGACUACAUCAGCAGCUGUGAGCGCCUGGUGGGGCUGGUGGACAGCGAGCAGGUGGACCAGGUAAUGCCGGGACACUAUCACACAUUUGGCGCGAAGCAGCUCCACCGCAUUGCCUCGGGGUACAUCGAUAAAGCUGGCACCUGCCCGGCACGCUUCUCCACGUUCGCCUGGAGGACCUUGGCUGGAUUGGCGUUACGGGCCUCCAACACACGGGGCAUCUGCUAGCCAAGAGACAGGCUAGCAUUUAGAGUCGCACAGGUAGACUGGGGAUAUGCGGGAGAUAAUUUACCCCCUCAAUGAUCAGGAAUUCUUUGUACUGUCAAUCAGAAACUGCUGUGAUCCAAUGUAUGUUAUUUUACAUCAUUAAUUAAAAUGCCCCCACGCUUUACAUCAGGCUGAUUGACAGAAAAUCAAGAUUCCCAUCAUUAUGGGAUGCAUUCAAGACUGGAAAAUGAAUAUAUACACUGCUCAAAAAAAUAAAGGGAACACUAAAAUAACACAUCCUAGAUCUGAAUGAAUGAAA